AUGGACAAGUUCAUGAAACCCAGGAAAGCCGCUAGAUGCUUCUAUGGACGCAAAGCCAUCAUCGUGAAGAACAUUGAAGAUGGCAGCUCAGACCAACCCCGCAGCUGGGCUCUGGUGGCUGGGAUUGACCACUAUCCAUGCAAAGUGACAGCUGCCAUAGGCAACAAGACAAUUGCCCAAAGAUCAAAGAGCAAGUCUUUUGUGAAGGUUUAUAUCUAUAAUCACCUCAUGCCCACAAGAUACUCUGUAGAUAUCCUCUUAGACAAAACUAUUGUGGACAACUAUGUCUUCCGAGACCCAGCUCUGCAAUAUAAGGCCAGGCUGGAGGAUAAGGUCAAUUUUGAGGAGGGAUACAAGAUGAGCAAGAAACAACUGGGUCUUCCAGAAGCUUCAAUUUUAGAUUCCCAACCCCCCAUCAUUAAAAAAAAAUGA